AUGUUUUUCUCUGCUUGUCUGUGGCGACUGCUGCGACGACAACAUAGUUCCUCUCAAACCGAUGAUUCAACGAAGAAAAUCAGAUGUGGAACAUGUUUGAAUUUAACUUUGACGACAAUGUCCCAUCAAAAAAACAACAGUGCGACACCUCUGCAAUCCAGUGAUCUCACAACAUUGAGCACUCUUCAAAUUAGCAAGCACACUUCAACACUUGAGAACAUGAUUGCUCAUUCUGGU